UUUGUUUUGUAUGCUAUUGGCACUAUAUUAGCACCCACGGUACAGGAUUACGUCGACGCCAAAUAUUUUGUCCUUGUACAAGACGUCGCAAGAAUUCCCAAUUUUAACUGGGGAUGUUUCACACUGAACCAUUUGUUGACAUCCAUCAAUACUUUUAACUAUAUUGAUCAAGUGAAUCUACAAGGAAAUCUAGCUUUGCUCCAAGUAAGUGCUACAACACUAGUUGUCAUUCUACUAUUAUUUAUAUGAAGGGGUAAAAUUGCUACUCAACCUAGGUUGUCCAAGCUGGAGGACGAAGUUGGAGACCUCAAAAAGGAACUCCAGGUAAGCGAUACUACAAAAUCAAUUUUAGCCAUGACUUCUUAUGUUUUCAUCUAUGCAUUUCAUGUUACAGGAAUUAAGAUCCCUAGUUCAAACAAACAAACAAUCAACGAUGAAGAAUGCAUACGUACAGGAACAAGAGCAACCAGGCAAUGGCAAGUUCUCAUCAACUCCUGGGUUUGACGCAUGGAAAGCACAGACUUCUACUGGAACACCUAAUGCAAAACCCGUGGUGCAAAACAAGGAGUUUGACCAAGACUAUUCCUGCGGGGCGUACACUACAAUACUUAACUUCAACUUUACAUCACAGUUAUUCCUGCGGGGCGUACACACUCAAAUACAUGUUGACAUGGGACGGAGAUAAAAUUACCGAGGAUUUCACACAGGCAGAAAUACAUAUUUUCAGCUGGAAAAUAUGUUCAAGCCUGCUGCAUUUGGAUUGCAACAAGCUUCGGAAAAAAUCAUACAAGAAUCCUAUAACGAAGGACGAGUACGAAGCCAGCAUUCCAUAGGAACGAAAAGGUGCAGACAACGACGUCACGAUUGUCAUCAACCCUGAUGUUACAAACAAACCAGAGACAUCUGGUGCCCCAAAGCGUAAACGUGGACGCCCGAGGAAGAAUGCCCCUCCUAGUAAUCCAGUGAAACAACAAUUUGACACCGAGACUAUCGCUAAACAAGUGGAGUUGAAAAGAUGCAAACGCAAACCAUCAAACACCGUGUCCAGCCCAUUCGUACAGCCAUGAAUGGGCUACACGGAGAGGCACUUCAAGGGCAGUUCCAAAUGAUUGAUCUUCAUAGCAUGUUCUUUGAAUUAAAGACUACACUUAUGUUCUGAUGUUUUUGCAUAUUAUUUGUACACUUAUGUCCAUCCAAAUGCUUGACUUUUCAUUGGUUCUUUAAAAAAACAGCUAAUGAGCUGCAUGUUCCACUUCUAUCAUUUGCACCAUCUGAUCCAAACCUAUCUGCAUCGGAGUAUCCUUACAUUUAAAACACUACCAUAAGUGACUACUUACAAAUGCAUGAUGAUUAUGGCUGAGGCAGGGUAAUUA